AUGGCUUCAGUGAAUUACACAGACGAAUUGAAUAAAAAAGGAUAUCAUCUACAGGUGGACACAAAUGAUAACGUGACCGUGUGUUAUUUGAAAAAUUAUAGCCGCAAUGAUGGGUUGUGGAGAACUGAAAACCCUUUGAUAAAUUCUCUUCACGUACUCGUCAUUCAGCUGGUUCUCAUCUUGUUCCUUAAUCACGUUCUCGUCUUCCUCCUCAGACCCUUGCGCCAACCACGUAUUGUUGCUGAUAUUCUUGCUGGUGUUCUGCUGGGUCCUUCUGCAAUCGGUAAUAUCGAUGUUAUAAGACGAACUACACUUUCUUUCAACAGCUUGUUGACAUUAGAGACUAUAGCAAACUUGGGAUUGGUUUACUACAUGUUCUUGCUUGGAUUAGAGCUUGAUUUCAGACCGGUAAUACGUGCCGGGAAGAAGGCUCUUAGCAUCGCCGUCGCAGGCAUUCUUGUUUCUGUACCCGUCGGGUGGGGCCUGCAUUACUAUGUACUGCGGAACCAAAGUCAUACAGAUUUGAAGGGGGAUGAGCAGGAGCGAUUAUUGAAACCAGGACCUUUGUUUUGGGGCAUUUCACUCGCCACUACCAAUUUCGCUGAUCUAGCUCGAAUCCUUGCAGAUCUGAAGCUCCUCCAAUCUGAGAUCGGACGACUUGCCUUAUCUGCAGCUGUUAUCUCCGACAUGUUCUCAGGGUUUCUCUUUAUGAUCGCAAUGGCUUUCGUUAAUUUCAAUUGGUGGUUGGUAGGGCUGACGUCAGUUUUCAUAGCAGUCUUUAUCUUUGUGGUUCGCCCAGCUCUCUCAUGGGUACUUCACAACACAACCAAAAAGGACAGCCACAAUGAACUCCAUGUCUGCUUUAUUCUAAGCUGGAUUGUGAUAUGUGGAUUCAUAACCGAUGCAUGUGGUGCACACUCUAUAGUGGGAGCUUUUAUGUUGGGCGCUAUUAUGCCCAAGGAACUAGAGCUCAAAAGCUUUCUUGUAGAAAGGAUUGGCAACUUUGUGUCCAGCAUGAUGAUGCCUCUCUUCUAUUUGGUUGUUGGGUUAAGGUUCAACGUUGAUCGGAUAUUAUAUGUAAGGAAGAAAGAACCAAAUGGAACUACCAAGUUCGAUGUCCUGGUGGUUGUUGCUCUGGCUUUUACAGCUAAACUUGUCGCCACUUCUAUCGCUGCCUUAAUUAACAAAAUUAAACUUCGGGAUAGUUUAAUUCUUGGAGUCCUCAUGAACACCAAAGGCUUAUUGGCACUCAUUAUACUCAGCUCUGCUCGAGAUCUAAAGGUUUUGGAUCAGCAAAUGUUUGCUAUAAUGCUGAUCAUAGUUUGGGGGAUCACAAUUCCCGUUGGACCCAUCCUAGCUUUCACGUACAAGUCCAGCAAACGUUCUCCACGAUACAAACAUAGAAACAUACAAAGUGUUGGAACCAAGACAAGCACAGAUUUUCGGAUCCUUGCAUGCACUCACACUGUAACAAACACAUCUGGCAUGGUUGAUCUUAUUGAGGCUUCUAAUCCAUUAGAACAUUCCCCAAUCCAUCUAUUUGCCGUCAAUCUUGUGGAGCUUACCGGCCAUGCCUCGGCCAUGCUCAUUGUGCAUGACGCUUGCAAGUCUAGCAAACAUCGCAACGAAGCGGAACUAUCUAACUCUGCCUCCAAUGCUUUUGAAGCCUAUGCGUCGCAAAGAGAAAAUGUCUUUGUACAAGCACUCACAGUAGUGUCUGCCUACGACACCAUGCAUGAGGACAUAUGCACCCUAGCUGAGGACAAGAAUGCUAACCUUGUCAUCAUCCCGUUCCACAGGAAAUCUAACAUUGAUGAUGGGAUGUUAGAGGAUUUGAAUCCUUCUUUCUUGAGCAUCAAUAAGAACGUGAUCGAAAACUCACCGUGCACAGUAUGUGUCUUUGUGGAUCGUGGGCUUGCUGCAUGUAGAAUAUUUAGUAACUAUGACAGCGGAUCUAUCUCUGCAAGAGGAGUUAGAGGACACAAGGUUACCUUGUUAUUCCUUGGAGGGCCAGAUGAUCGAGAGGCAUUAGCAUAUGCAUUGAGGAUGGCGGGACAUUCUGGGAUUCACUUGACAGUUAUUCGGCUUAUCAUGCCUAGAACAUCGACAGCAGACCCCAUAAGCCUAGACGAAAAUGAUAAAUCUUUUGUGGAAAUGGCAGAAAUUCAAAGGCAGAAACAACUUGAUAACUUAUACAUGGAUGAGUUCAGGCUUAAGACUAUGAACAAUACCGCUGUACGACUAUUUGAAGAUCAAGUAAAUAGUUGGGAAGAAAUUCACAACAUAUUAAGGAACAUGGAAGGUAAGUAUGCUCUAUGCAUAGUAGGGAGAGACCAUGGAAGAACAUUAUCUUUUGAAGAAACAUCACUAGAUAACACCGACGAUUCUGAUGAGCUUGGAGCUCUAGGAGAAGUUUUGGUAUCUUCGAGAUUUAUGUCGAAUACAUCAAUCUUGGUAAUAAAGCAGGGUGCCCCUUUGGACAAAAGAAAGAUAGACAACAAAAUGGGUCAUGUAGAAGAACAGUUUGGCCAUACAAUUUGGCAACCUCCCGCCAAAAAAUCUACUGACAAUGUAAUUCAAACCGAUCAUUUGUAA